CGUAGCCAACGAUACAUCGAAUUUUCAAGCUCGGACGAGUUAGACGAUAUUGAAAUAACCGGUAGCGCUUGCAUUAAUACUGCCGUUAGGCCUUUAUCUUUUUGACCCCCUUUAUAUCACAAAGUAAAGUAUUCUACAAGACAGUAUGAUGCAAGCUAAUUUUUGGAAUAUAGUGACUGCCUCUGUCAGACAGCCAAUAUGCGUCAAGCGUGUUGUACCUGGCUUGACAGCUGCACAGCAACGCAACUACUCCAGCACAGUGGAAGCAGACAUUGUGGUAAUAGGUGCAGGACCUGGUGGCUAUGUAGCAGCAAUUAAGGCUGCGCAAUUAGGAAUGAAAACCGUCUGUGUGGAAAAGAAUGAAACAUUGGGUGGCACCUGUCUCAAUGUUGGAUGCAUUCCGUCGAAAUCUCUGUUAAAUAAUUCACAUUACUAUCACAUGGCGCAUGGUGGAGACUUAAAAAAUCGUGGUAUCAUAGUCGAAAAUGUUAAACUUAAUCUUGACAAGCUAAUGGAACAAAAGCGUAACGUAGUGAAAGCUUUAACGAGUGGUAUCGCCGGUCUCUUUAAGAAGAACAAAGUCGAAUGGGCUAAAGGCCAUGGAAAAAUUACCGGUCCUAAUCAAGUGACCGUACUUGGUCCAGAUGGGUCAGUGUUAAGCACAAUUAAUAGUAAAAACAUUUUAAUUGCAACUGGCAGUGAAGUGACACCGUUCCCUGGUAUAGAAAUCGAUGAGAAACAAGUUGUCUCUUCUACCGGUGCUUUAUCCCUGACACAGGUACCUAAGAGACUCCUAGUAAUCGGUGCUGGGGUCAUCGGGAUGGAAUUAGGCUCUGUCUGGCAAAGGUUGGGCGCGGAUGUAACGGCCGUUGAAUACGCGCCGUACAUCGGCGGAGCAAGUAUCGACGGUGAAGUUAGUCAAACGUUACAAAAAAUUCUAAGCAAACAGGGUGUGGGUUUUAAAAUGGGAACGAAAGUCACUGGCGCCUCGCGAACGGGCGGCGAAAUUGUAGUUUCGGUCGAGAGUGCAAAAGAUCCUAGUAAAAAAGAGAGUCUGGCGUGCGAUGUUCUUUUACUAUCCGUCGGUAGGCGGCCGUACACGAAUAAUUUAGGACUAGAAGAUAUGGGAAUUGAGAGGGACGAGAAGGGCAGGAUUCCCGUAAAUAACAGAUUCCAAACAGUAGUACCUUCGAUAUUCGCGAUUGGGGAUUGCAUUCAUGGACCAAUGUUGGCACACAAGGCAGAGGAAGAGGGUGUGAUUACGGUUGAGGGCAUCACUGGAGGCGCCGUUCAUAUCGAUUACAAUUGCGUACCCAGUGUAAUAUACACGCAUCCCGAGGUUGGCUGGGUAGGCAAAACGGAAGAGGACUUGAAGAAGGAGGGUGUCGACUACAAAGUUGGCAAAUUCCCCUAUUUGGCGAAUUCUAGAGCAAAGACGAAUUUAGACACGGAGGGCUUUGUAAAAGUACUAGCGGAUAGCAAAACGGAUAAAAUAUUAGGCGUUCAUAUGAUCGGCGCGGUCGCUGGUGAACUUAUUAACGAGGCUGUUCUGGCCAUGGAGUACGGAGCAAGCGCAGAAGACGUUGCGAGAACAUGUCACGCGCAUCCGACGUGCGCCGAGGCUUUGAAGGAAGCUAACUUGGCUGCGUACUUUGGAAAGCCCAUCAACUUCUAAAUACUUCACCGCAAAAUUCAAGAGAGAUUUAUGAACUUUGACUCAUCGUAGCUUCGAUCUAGUCUACGUCCCCAUGUCACGUUGCGUUACACAUUUAGCGCAAAGUUUCAACAUCGCUUAAUAACAUAAGAAAAGUUGUAAAUAAAAGUCUAAGGCAAUUUA